AUGGACGUUGCAAUUCUCACUGCCAAAUCACUUCUCGACAUCUCCAAAAUUGAGCAUUAUGUUGGAGCUCAUUUCAAGAGGUGGCAAGAAAAAGUAUUCGACUUCCUGGAUGUGCUCGGUUUUGCAAAAUAUCUCUCAACAGAAGAACCAAAACCUGGAGUGGACAAUUUUGACAAAAAACUUGAUACAUGGAAUAAAGGAAAUAAGACUGCACAUGAGAUAUGGACAAUCCUGAAAAAGAAAUAUGUUGUUGAGGAUGCUGGAUCACAAAAAUAUGUUAUAGGAAACUUCCUAUAUUUUAAAAUGGUAGAAGAAAAAGAGGUAUCCAUGCAAGUUCAUGACUAUCAUUUAUUGAUAAAUGAAGAAAUAAUUCUUCCUAAAACUUUUGUGGCUGGCUGUUUAAUUGAGAAACUUCUGGAUUCAUGGAGAGAUUAUAAGAAUAGUAUGAAACAUAAGCGGAAGCAAAUGAGCUUGGACGAUGUGAUAGUACAUAUUAGGAUUGAGGAGACGAAUAGACUUAGAGAUAAAGCCGAUAAGGCUAAGGAAUUGACAUCAAAGGCUAAUUUUAUUGAAAACCAAGUGGCUCCUCCUCAACCUAAGAAUAAGAAACCACAGAGUUUUAAGAACAAUAACAAAAAACUGUUUAACAACAAAAACCCCAACAGUUUCAAAAAGAAAGGACAAUGUUUUGUGUGUGGGAAAACUGGACAUUUUGCUAGCCAAUGCAGAUACAGAAAAGCCAAUCUGGCUGAGGGAGAUGAUGUUAUUUCUACUGUGGUUGUCUCACAAGUGAACAUGAUUGCUGAAAAGAAAGAAUGCAUAAUUGAUUCUAGGGCCACAAAGCAUAUUUGUGGAGAUAGAAAUUCUUUCUAUGAAUACAUACCAGUGAGGGAUGGAGAAGAAUGUGUUUACCUUGGUGAUUCCCGUUCUACUCUUGUUUUGGGAAAGGGGAAAAUUCUUCUCAAACUUACUUAUGGGAAAACCCUCUCACUGAGUAAUGUUUUACAUGUACCAAAUAUUUGA